AUGCGACGACGCAAAGACGACUAUGUCAAUGCGACUCAUAUUCUAAAGGCUGCAGGGUUCGAUAAACCAGCAAGGACUCGGAUUCUAGAGCGUGAAGUCCAGAAAGGGAUUCAUGAGAAGGUGCAGGGUGGAUAUGGCAAAUAUCAAGGUGAGAACCGCAAAUUGGGAAACGGGCGCCUGCUGGCAGAGCGCAACCAUGUCUUGGACAAAUUGAGAGCGAUCUUUGAUCUUGAUCCUAAUGCUCAUACUCCGCCGCCUGCGCCGCGACCUACUAAUGGAAACGCAUCCGGUCAAAGGGCGAGAGCGCAGCGCAGACCUACCGCUACUCGUGUACUCCCUCCCCCUCCACCUUCUUCUCAUUCCCAAGACGCCUACAAUGUUUCUCAGCCCAUCGGAAGUAUGGCCCCACCAGCGCUUCCGCACGACCAUCAUGACAUGGAUCUUGGCCCUGAUGUUGACGAUUCUAUUGAACACGCGCAAUUCGACAGCUCUUCAAUGUUAGAUGAGGACAUUGUCGGCCCGACGCACGUGGGUACUCGAAAGCGCAAGCGCGAGGAAACGAUUAUGUCCAUCAAAGAGCAAGAACAUAUCAUGUAUGGAGACCAGCUGCUGGACUAUUUCAUGACUGUGGGAGAUGGUCCCCAGGCAACUCGGUUUCGCCCUCCUCAACCUCCCGCCGAUUUCCAAAUCGACAAGGCUAUCGAUGAUUCUGGGAACACCGCGCUGCAUUGGGCUUGCUCCAUGGGCGAUCUCGAAAUCGUGCAGGACUUCAUUAACCGGGGAGCUGAUCUGAGUGUUUUGUCAAAUCACGACGAAACUCCGCUUGUCCGAGCCGUCUUGUUCACUAACAACUACGAGAAGAAGACUUUCCCGGCCCUGGUGGAUCUAUUGAGUGAGACUGUCAACUUCCGAGAUUGGUUUGGAGCUACAAUUUUUCAUCACAUUGCCGAAACGACUCGCAGCAAGGGAAAAUGGAAGAGUGCCCGAUACUAUUGCGAGGUCCUGUGGGAUAAACUGUCCCGACUCUAUUCACCUGAUGAGAUCGAGAUGUUGAUGUCUUGUCAGGAUAACAAUGGCGAUACUGCCGCUCUUGUAGCCGCUCGCAAUGGUGCAUUCCGCCUUGUCAGCUUGCUUCUUGCCCAAUGCCCCCGCGCUGGUGACCUCAUGAACAAGAAGGGAGAAACCGCCGCUCAUAUGCUUCAUCAAUAUCAGUCUGAGCACGAGCCUCCACCCCCUCCAUCAUCCAUCACGAUGGCAAAUGACCACAUCGAUGGCGAAAUUGGGGGGGCUGUCCCUGAACACCAAUCCGCCGCCGUUGCAGAUGCCGGCGUCGAUUUAUCUUCUCACUCAAGUCUGCUCGCCAAGAUCAGCGGGGUUAUGGCUGAUGCUAACAAGAAGCUGGCAAUGCACUAUGGAAGCUCGAAACCCGGUCAAGAAGAACUGAAUGACAUUGCCAACCCCGAAGCCCUGUACGCGCAUCUUGAGUCAGACCGAGCAAAAAUCCAGCAACAGACAGAUUCUAUCAUUGCCAAAGAGGCUCAGUUCCAACACAUCGACAUUGAAAGCCGACGAGAAUUAUGUGCAACCAAACGAGAUGAAUUCAAGUCUCUUGUAGAGCUGAGCCACCGCGCAAAACUUGAUCGUUGGAUUGCCCUUCAUGCCCCUGAUAUGCCUUCAAACCCCAACUCCGCCCCUCUUACCCGCGAAGAUUUGGUCUCCCGUUUCGAAGCAAUAAGCAACCUCGUGCGCCUUGAGAAGGAGCGUCGCCUUGCCGUCGAAGAACUCGUCUCAUUGACCGCCGACGCCGGCGUGAGCCCCAUUCUCAACGGACACCGCAAUUUGGUGUCCCUUGCAACCGGCCUGAAGGAAGAUGAUCUGGACCCUAUCGCCGGUGAGCUCGCUGAUGCUCUGGAGUUCGACCGCGCCAACAACGCAAGCGCGACUUCUAAGCCUGCAGUUGUUUGA